AUGGAGAACCAUAGUGACAUAUCCUCGAGCGACAUCGAGAAAACACUCAACAGCGUCGAUAUCACAGCUGGUGAAAAUCCAGCCGAGUCUCCUCCGCGCGACAUUCAGGGAUGGAAAUGGAUUGCUGUCGUGUUGGCGAUCCUGAGCUCGACCUUCCUCUUCGCACUGGACAACACCAUCACUGCAAACAUCCAGGCUGAUAUCGUCCGAGACUUUGAAGCUGUCAAUAAGCUAUCAUGGAUCAGUGUUGGCGUCGCAAUCUUCGAGAUCGGAUCUGCGGUUUGCGGCUCGGCACCUAAUAUGGAUGCCCUCAUUGUUGGUCGCGUGCUUUGUGGUAUCGGUGGAUCUGGACUAUACUGUGGUGUCAUCACACUUUUGGCAGCCACCACCACACUACAAGAGCGGCCAAUGUAUGUAGCCAGCACCGGUAUGACUUGGGGUCUCGGCAUGGUCCUCGGCCCAAUUGUGGGAGGAGGUUUCAGCCAAAGCUCUGUUGGCUGGCGCUGGGCUUUUUACAUCAACUUGUUGAUUGGAGCGGCCUGUGCACCGGUCUACCUCUUUCUCAUCCCCAAUAUCGAUCCCCGGAAGGGAGCUCCUCUCGCUGCCCGAGUCCGAGAGAUCGAUUGGCUGGGAAGCAUUCUCAACCUUGGUGCUUUCUUGUCUGGUGUCAUGGCUAUCUCAUUUGGUGGCUUGACCUGGGCCUGGGGGAGCGGGAACAUCAUCGGCUUGUUCGUCUGCUCAGGUGUGCUGUUCAUUUUGCUUGGGCUCCAGCAGGCCUUCACUAUUGGUACCACCGUUACCCGACGGAUUGUGCCUUUAGAGUUUUUCAAGUCGCGAACGAUGCUUAUCCUCUUUGCCUGCACAUCCGCAGCCGGUACAGCUUGUUUCGUCCCCGUCUACUUUGUUCCACUCUUCUUCCAGUUCACCCGGGGCGAUGGUGCGCUUGACGCCGGUGUUCGGCUACUGCCUUUCAUCAUUCCUUGCAUCUUCAUGAUCUGUGUCAAUGGCGGCGUUAUGUCUGCAUAUGGUUUAUAUAUGCCGUGGUACACCAUUGGAGGCGCUCUCGUGCUUAUCGGUGGCGCCCUUUUCUAUACCGUUGGUGUUGAUACAAGCGCUGCCCAUAUCUACGGAUACGGCAUCAUUACCGGCUUUGGCACUGGAAUGUAUCUCCAAGCUUCGUUCUCGGUUGCUCAAGCUUCUGUCUCCCUUGAUAUGGUGGCUAGUGCAUCGGGAUUCAUCACCUGUGCCCAGGUUGUUGGCACUACUAUCGCUUUGGCUAUCGCCAACAGCGUUUUCUUAAAUGAGUCGCAGAGGAGCAUUACCCACCUUCUGCCAAAUAUAUCCAUUGAGGAAGUCGAGGCUGUGAUCUCGGGUACAUCGACCCUUCUCUCAUCUUUGUCCGCCGUGGAGAAAGUCAAGGUUGAAUCGGCUAUUGUGGACGCUAUGAGCACGACAUACAUCCUCGUUAUUGUUGCUGGUGCCUUGACUCUACUGCUUGGUCUGUCGAUGAAGCGGGAACGUCUAUUUUUACAGCCCGCUGCUGCUGCAUAG